UUCUUCUUAGUCUGUGUGAGUGACUGAUAUUGAAUAAUGUAGAAUUUAGUCGAAUCGAGCUUUGAUAACAAAAAUAUCUACGAAAAUAUUUUACGAAGACUUAAUAUGGAUGUGGUCGGUCUUUUGAAUAAUAUUAAUGAAAAAACUGAUAUGUUUGCGGUGAAAACAUGGACUUCUGAGUGGUCAAACAGUUUUCAAGAUAACCAGUUACUAUGGUCUUUCUGCGGGUGCUUGCUGGUGUCACUCCUAGUAGUAUUUUUCUAUUAUUACAGAAGAUGGCGAUCAAAAGAAAUGGCAGGGGGCUUAGCAACAGGCGCUGAUAAUGAACCCGCAAAAAGGUUUAGGAAAAGGGACAAAAUGCUAUUUUACGGCCGGAGAAUGCUGCGAAAAGUCAAAUCCAUCUCUAAUUCUGGCCAGGGCAGAAAGAGACGUGCGGUCAUGCGUUUCGCCAGGAAAUUGCUGCAAUUGAAAAAGGAAUCUGCGCCCGAGCAACUCAAGGUGCUGGAACCUCCAGCUGAAUACUUGGAGGAGGAUCUGACGAGUGAUGACAGGGUGCCCCCGGAUGCUCUGUACAUGCUGCACAGCAUUAGGGUGUUCGGCCACUUCGAGAAACCGGUCUUCUUGAUGCUUUGCAAGCAUACCGAGAUACUGAACUUGCCUGCUGGCUCUUUUCUGUUCAAAGUCGGUGACACAGACGAGAACGUGUACGUGGUGCAGAACGGUCGCGUUAACGUUUACAUUACCAACCAGGAUGGUACGAGUCUGUCUUUAAAGAUAGUGCGCGCUGGUGAGAGUGUGACGUCACUACUCAGCUUCACUGACGUCUUAACGGGACAUUCGCAACCUUACAAGACUGUUAACGCCAAAGCUUUGGAGGACUCGCAAGUGAUAAAACUGCCGAUGAGAGCGUUCCAAGAGGUUUUCAAAGAAUAUCCUGAUAUAUUCGUGAGAGUUAUACAGGGUCGAGAUAAACGUCGGCCGACGACAGUGGCGUCAUCUCCCGGCAAGAGCGGACGAGUGUCCGUAGUAGAUAAUAUCACGACCAUGCACUCGCCCCAUCACAGCGAGAGAACGUUCCCAGAACAUAUGCAUGGACAGGACGUGAGUCACGUCGCGUCAUCUCCUAUACACAUACAAGGCCGUAAACCCAGACCAGACAUGGUGCCAGAUAUUACAUCUAACACGCCGCAGCAGCAGCCUGAUGUUCAGCCCACUCCACCCUUGCAGAGGAGUAAAGAUGGGUCUUCAUUCAAAAAACACAACACUGAUAAUCUCGAUGAACAGAGUGAUCAAGUACUACUUGGUAACGUGCAAGUGAGAGACUUACCCGCUGGCACGUACAUCAUGAAGGAAGAAAGUCACAAGGAUGUGGCCUUGGUGUAUCUACUUUCUGGGGCGCUAUUAGUGUCUCAACGUGUCGCUGAAGGUGAAGGAGAAGUGCACAUGUUCACGGCGUAUCCAGGUACUGAUUAG